GGUUUUACGCACACCCGGAAGAAAAUUCAAAACAAAUGGCGAUCACAUGGAUGCCAAAGAUUAGCUCAGUGCUAGGCUAUUCAAACUAAUACACGAGGGUAGAGAAGACAUGGAGGCACCACGGUUACCCUUUUAGGAAGUGAACUCGCUGUAAUGCUUAAAGUGUAGUGUCUGUGAAUGUAUUGGUUCUGAAGUAACGCAGGGCUCUUGAACGCAUCUCAGUUCAGUGACAGCAUGGUGUCAGUGGGAGCAAGGCUGUUGGGCUCUGAUGACUGAUGGGUGACAACGCAGACGUGUCCAUUCUGAGUGACUGUGUGACCAAAGCAGAACCAGUCCAUCUCCUUCUGAAUAGUCCACAUGGACCCGUCCGACCAGAAGCACUUCAGCGCCGUAGAUUAUGUGAUCUUUGCCUUGUUGCUGGUGGGUUCCCUGAGCAUCGGCCUGUACUACGCCUUAUCCGGUGGCCGUCAGCGCACCACACAGGAGUUCCUGAUGGCGGACCGGAGCAUGCGCUGUCUGCCCGUGUCCCUGUCGCUCAUCGCCUCAUUCCAGUCUGCUGUGGCCAUCAUUGGCGUCCCGGCGGAGGUCUACGUCCACGGCACCCAGUACUGGUUCAUCGGCUGUGCCUACAUCCUGGGUCUUCUCAUUCCGGCUCAUGUUUUCAUUCCUGUCUUGUACAGACUCAAGCUCUCAAGUGCUUACCAGUACCUUGAACUUCGUUUCAGUAAAUCCGUGCGCAUCUGUGGAACGCUGACAUUCAUCUUCCAAACGGUUGUCUAUAUGGGAGUGUGUGUGUAUACUCCUGCUUUUGCACUCAAUGCAGUGACUGGUUUUAAGUUAUGGGGGGUGGUCCUGGCCACUGGUCUGGUGUGUACAUUGUACACCACAAUGGGGGGUUUGAAGGCUGUGAUCUGGACAGAUGUCUUCCAAACCCUGGUGAUGUUUGCAGGGCAGCUGGCGGUCAUUGUGGUGGGGGUCCAUCAGGCUGGAGGACUGUCUGAAGUCUGGUGGAAAGUCUGGGAGGGAAACCACAUCUCUGGUCUAGACCUAAAUCCAGAUCCUACAGAGAGACACACGUUCUGGACCCUAGGCGUUGGGGGGGUCUUCCUCAUGUUGUCCCUUUAUGGAGUGAACCAGGCCCAGGUCCAACGGUACCUGAGCUCACGCACUGAGAAAGAGGCCGUCAGGUCUUGCUACAUGGUGUUUCCGUCGCUGCAGCUGGCUCUGGCCCUCAGCUGUGUGAUGGGACUGGUCAUGUUCGCUCGGUACUGUGGAGAAGAUCACUCUGACAAACUGGCCUCCUCGUCCACAGAUGCAAUGGUCAUAUACUUUGUGAUGGACAUGCUUCAGGGUCUGCCUGGACUGCCUGGACUUUUUGUCGCAUGUUUAUUCAGUGCAGCUCUCAGCACCAUCUCAUCUGCGUUUAACUCUUUGGCCACUGUGACAAUGGAAGACCUGAUUAAACCACAUUUUCCUGCCAUGACUGAGAGAAGAGCCACCCUGCUCUCCAAAGCCUUAGCUGUGUGUUAUGGCCUGUUGUGUCUGGCCAUGGCCUUCCUGACUCACCUGAUGGGGGACUCUGUUCUUCAGGUAGCUUUGAAGAUCUUUGGGAUGGUUGGUGGUCCCAUUCUUGGUCUGUUUUGUCUGGGGAUGUUUUUUCCAUGGGCCAAUUCCACUGGUGCCAUUGCUGGUCUAGGUGCAGGUCUGACUGUGUCGUUCUGGGUCGGUAUCGGGAGCAUCGUCACCCGGACCCCCGGUACCAGGGUGUUGCUGUCGGACUGCAGAGCUUCACCCAUGACAAACAACACCACUGCCAUCUUCACAACUGCAGCCACCAGCGUCCCUUUAAGCAGACCAUCUGGACUGAGGAGGUUUUACUCCUUGUCCUACAUGUGGUACAGUGCAUUUACCUGCUUCACAGUCAUCCUCAUCGGCCUCGUUGUCAGUUUUCUUACAGGCCCUAUGAAGGAAGAGGACGUGACGCCAGGUACUGUCUACCCUCUGAUGGGGAAGCUGCUGUGUUUUCUACCUGACAGUGUCAGACAGAAGCUGUGUUGUGUGACACCUCUGGGACAAACCGUGUCAACAGAGCAGAGGCAGCGUCAACAGUAUAAGGAGUCCAAUGGUUCAACCGUCGCUGAAUUGGACCAGUUUUCAGAGGAAGAGGACGAUGCUUUUCUACAUGAAAACACGACUCCGUUUAUGGAACAUGAAACAGCCAUUUGACACUACAUCACCUCAUGUCACAUAAGUACCAUGGAAACAUCUUUACACAUUGCACUAGAAAAAUGUAUUAUUGAUUGUGCUCUAAGGAUGAAUAUUGACUAUCAAAUGUUGAAGGAAUGAUCUACUCUAGAACUACAUGCGAUUUAUCAUUGUUUUACUGAUCAUUCAAUGUUGGACUUACAGUACAAACAUAAUUUUUCAACUUCAGGGACAUAGAAACUGAUAUGUAUUUUCUCACCUCCUUCCAAAGCCAUGUGUAAAACUGCACUAGACCUUCUGAAAAUGACUGGAUGUCCAAAGAGGCGUGAAUACCUGAAAAUGGUUUUCUACUGAUGUUUACUCUGUAUUUGAGUGUAUUUACUGAUGCUGCGCUGUCGUAUCAUCAGUUCAGUGUCAGACUCUCAUCAGAUCGUAGUGCCUCACUUUUUAAGAAUUGAAUGCAGGUGCAAAACAGUUUUGUAAGUAUUAAACAUUUUGUAGUUACAAUUUUAA